AUGGAUAUGGACGACACAGACUCUCCCUCUAUUCAGGGUCAGGCUUCCUCUUCCGCCAUCAUGGACACUCACGACUCAGACGCACUCUCUACUCAAAGCCAGGCUUCCUCGACAGCGACUUUAGGAGGAGGUGAAAUACAAAACUUUACCAACUCCCCUAUCAUCACGAUAUCAGUCGGCAAGGAGAAGACAGCGUUCAGAAUCCACAAGGACAGAUUGACUGCAGACUCCGUGUUCUUCAACAAAAUGUUGACUUCUGGUAUGGCCGAGUCGCAGACAAACGAAGUCUCCUUGCCAGACGAUAGCCCUAAAAUCUUCGGUGAAUUUGCGGUCUGGAUUUAUCAACGCGCAGUCAAGCAUCACUCGCAUAACAACCAUCUCAUGAUCAUGAAAUGCUGGAUACUAGGAGACAAAUACGGCGUUCCCCAGUGGCAGGAUCAGCUCAUCGAAGAUCUCGCGGGGCUCUGGCGUGAGCCAUUUCGUUUCCGCUUCGACGAGCUUUCUUGGGUGUUGGAGAAUGUGCGCCGUGGAAGUGCGCUUUUCAGAUUCGUCAUGGACCUCUUUGCGUGGAAGUUGAGACAAUUUCCGGACAAGUACUUUGCGAACGGGAAUGUGGCAGAAGAAGUCAGUCAGGUGUUCUCGAGGCAUAACUUCCCCCUGUCAGCUUUCCUCGUCUCUGCAUUCCCACUCAAGGGACACUUCAGCCGACCUCCCGAUUGGAUCGACCCUUACCUUGUCCGCAAUGAAGGAAAAUUUGUCCCGUUACAUAUUCAGAAACUCCGUGAGAAAGGACCAAGACCCCAUGGAGUGUAA